GUCCACAAGUGGUUGGCGCUUCGACAGUACGUAAACGUAAUAUAAUAAAAGAUGUACAAGCUUGCCCUGUGGCUGGCUUUACUAGCCGUGACAGAGGCUUUAAGUCAAGGUGUACUCAACACAACUGAUGUCAAUAUAUCACAAAUCAAUGAAUCUGUACUCUAUAACACCGCACCGAACGAGACCGAGGCCCAAAUUUAUACCCCGGAAUCCACGCUACCACCAACCGCUGAAUGUAUAACUACAAGUGGCGAGAAUGGAUUUUGCGUCCAGGCCUAUCUUUGUGACAUGGAUGUCGAAAGAUUUAACAAGAGCUGCCCGUCACCUGAAAAACCAUGCUGCCUCCGUCUGGAGGAUGACGAGUACUCGGAUAGUUAUGAAGACGCUCCGCGACAAAUGUGUGGAUGGAGUCAACCAAAUGGCAUUGGCGUUGAGGGGGCUUCUACCAUUGGUGGACAACAAGACACCAAAUUUGGGGAGUUUCCUUGGAUGGUUGUCAUUACUAGGAAGGAGCUAAUCAGCGAGGAUCUGACUGUGGAUGCAUAUGUCGGUGCGGGUAGCUUGAUCCACCUGAAGGUAGCUCUCACUGCAGCCCACGUGGUGGCUGGCAAGCAGAACCUCACGGUCCGAGCUGGUGAAUGGAACCUAAAGUCCACUGAUGAAGAGUUCGGCCACAGUAGCAGGAAUGUCAGUUCCACAGUCGUACACGAGAAAUAUGACAAAGAAAAAAUGCUCCACGAUGUAGCACUGCUGUUCCUGAAGCAGUCGAUGUUUGCUGUGCCCAACGUUGGAGUGGCAUGCUUGCCACCGUCGGACCAACUCGUGCCAGAGGAUUGGAAAUGCAUCGCCUCUGGCUGGGGCAAGUUCAAGAAAGGAGAAACACAGCAUAUACUGAAAAAGUUCAAGAUGCUGAUGGUGAAGCAUCAAGAAUGCCAGAAGAUGCUACGCACAAAACUUGGCUACUUCUUCGACCUGAACUCCUCGAACCUGUGCGCAAAAGGUGAAGUCGGGGUGAACAUCGCUGCCGGAAAUGGUGGAUCGCCAUUAAUCUGCCCCAUUAAGGAUCAACGUGACCGCUAUAUGCAGACCGGUGUCGUUGCUUGGAGCAUUGACGGCGAUUUACCGAUCGUGUUGACCAGCGUGGCGGCCUAUCGAGCCUGGAUAGACGCCCAGGUCACUGCCAAUGGACUAGAUCCUACGGACUAUUCCUUCUAGGUGAG